AAUCAAGUAACAAAGAAACUGUUUUGUCCUGUUCCUGAGUGAACUUGGCAGUUCUGCUAUGAAUUUUUCCAUCAAAAUCAGACUUGAUUUAAUCCUGAAUUCUAAAAGGAAAACGCUUUGUCGUUCUCAUUUCAAAGGGGUUGAAUUCGAAUUGAACUACUUGUUCCCUCUUACCAACCCUUCGAACGACUCGUCGCGCUCCACAACAUAGACUAAUCUCUCAUUGUGGUUCUCUUAAAACUACCCAAAAACCACAAUAGCGAGACAUGCUCUGAUUUUUCCAAGUUAAGCUACCCAGACUAACAUGACAAGUUGAUACAUGCAAUUUUAAAUGCUCACUCAAUUUCCCUCGCUUUUCGUAGAACUGACAAAUCCCAGUCAAACGCUAUCAAGAACUAAGCAACUACAUGCUUUAAUCACCACAGCCAAUCUUUCACAUGAUCCAUUUUAUGCAACUAAGAUUACAAGAUUCUACGCUAUAAACAAUGAUCUUCGAUCCGCACGCAACCUGUUCGAUAAAACUCCCGAACGAAGCGUUUUCCUUUGGAAUUCAAUUAUUCGAGCUUAUGCCCAAGCCCACAAAUUUAAUGAAGCAUUUUUUAUGUAUGGAAAGAUGCUAGUAACAGGAAUAAAACCUGAUAAUUAUACUCAUGCGUGUCUUAUUCGAGCUUGCCAUGAGAACUUUGAUUUGGAUGGUUUAAGAGUUUUACAUGGAGGAGUAAUUGUUUCUGGAUUGGGAAUUGAUUCCGUUUCUUGUAGUGCAUUAGUUACUGCUUAUUCAAAAAUGAACUAUGUUCGUGAAGCAAGUAAAGUGUUUAAGGGGAUUUUCGAGCCGGAUAUGGUUUUAUGGAAUUCUAUGAUUUCUGGUUAUAGUUAUUGUGGAUUUUGGAAUAAAGGAUUGGAGUUGUUUAAUCAAAUGCGAGAAAAUAGGAAGCAGCAGCCAGAUGGGUUCACUUUGGUUGGACUUAUUUCUGGUUUAAUGGAUUUUAGUUUGCUACGAAUUGGCCAAGGGGUUCAUGGUCUUUGCUUGAAAACUGGUUUUAAUUGCAAUGCCUAUGUAGGUAGUGCACUUGUAAGUAUGUAUUCAAGAUUCAAGUGCAUUAAUUCAGCAUAUAAUGUUUUUAGCAGUUUAUGUCAGCCUGAUUUAGUUGCAUGGUCUGCUUUGAUAACCGGGUAUUCUCAGUCUGGAGAUUAUAACAAGGCAUUGGUGUUUUGUACGAAUCUAUGUGGCGAAGGUAAAAAGGCAGAUCCAGUUUUGAUUGCCAGUGUAUUGGUGGCUGCUGCACGUUUGGCAGAUUUAGGGCAUGGGACUGAGAUACAUGGUUAUGUUCUUCGACAUGGAUUUGAAUCUGAUAUCAUGGUUUCUUCUGCUCUUAUAGAUAUGUAUAUGAAGUGUGGUUUAGUGGGAUGGGGGAUCCGUGUCUUUGACAAUAUCCGCAACCAAAAUAUCAUUUCCUACAAUUCAGUAAUUCUGGGUCUUGGUUUACAUGGACUUGCUGCUCAGGCAUUUGAACUGUUCGAAGAGAUGCUAGAGAAAGGACUAAAACCUGAUGAAUCUACAUUCUCUACUCUCCUUUGUGCUUGCUGUCAUGCUGGACUUGUGAAAGAUGGUUGGAGAAUUUAUAAGCAAAUGAUGGAUGAGUUUUGCAUCCCACCUAGAACUGAGCAUUAUGUUCACAUUGUAAAGCUCCUAGGGAUGGCCGGGGAGUUGGAAAAGGCCUAUGACUUUAUCUUGUCAUUGAUGCAGCCAGUGGAUUCUGGUAUUUGGGGAGCACUGUUGUCAUGCUGUGAUUUCCAUGGGAAUACUCAGUUGGCAGAAAUUGUUUCCCAGCAGCUCUUUGAUAAUGAACCCAGAAAAGGUGCUUAUAGAGUUAUGCUUUCUAAUAUUUAUGCUGGUGAUGGCAGGUGGGAUGAUGUGAAGAAGACCAGAGAUGAAAUAACAAAUGUUGGAGUAAGAAAAAUGCCUGGAGUUAGUUGGAUAGGAGGAAGUUGAAGUUAAUCAAUGAAAUGAUAAAUAUAGAUUCUUUUCAAAUCAGUUCAUGCACAGAAAGCUUUAUCCAGAGGUAAAGCCAUUUUUUUUAUUAUAACCUCAAAAUUAUUUGUAUCCAGGUUUCUCUAUCAUGCCUCUUAUCAUCUGGUUUUACUUGCACUUUUCCUGUUAAUGGUACACGACAAAGUCCACCACUGCUUUCAUCUUCUCAUUCUUUAGCAGACUCUAAGGUGGAAAGAUAAUGUACUUUCAAGGUAAGCUCAAAAUAGAGAUGGUAUACCCUUUUCCUUUUCAUUUAGUGGGAGUAAGUUUUCCAUUGACACAUCUCAUAUUAGAAGAGAUACUUCAAGACAAAGCUACUGCGUGAGUAGGUAUAGAGUAGUUUUUAAUUUUUCAUGGAAUUUUUUCAACUAGUACUUGUUAAAGCAGAAGUGUCUCCAUACUUUCAUUUGUUAUCUUAUAUCUGCAUUAUAUGUGGAACUGAGUUGCAUAAUAGUUUGAAAUUUGAAUCUUAGUUAUACAAUGUAACACAGUGCUUCUUUACUCAUGGAACAUGGAGUAGAGUAUGAGUGCAACUGAUUCAAGAAUAUGAUAAAACUGCUUAAUACCAAUUAUUUUAGUUUCUUAUAAUCAGUACUGUAGGAAUCUCAAAUUAUCAUAUACCUAAAUAUUCUCUUAUCAAUAACAAACAGCAGAGAGAAUACAAUACAUGAAUACUUGCAUGAUAACUAAUAAAAAGCGUGUAGAAAUUUAGGAAACUCCAUCAUUAACAGAGCAACUUACAUUUUAAUUGAAAUAGCAAAGAUAGGCCACUAUUUCAAUCUUCAGAUGCCUCUUGAGUCUGGUGGCAGGGGUGGGAAACCAAACUCAAAACAGACAUAGGGAUAAAUGAUAUGGUUGCAAUGUGCCUGAUCUUGUAAUUUUCCUCUCCACCAUCAGGUUUUAACCUUUCAGCAUGUUCAUCGAGCAGAGGCAGCAGCUUCAACUGCUUCAAAGUAGUGACAUAUUGCAAACCUUCAGGGAGUAUCCUUAGACUCGAGCAGUUGUGGAAGUGGAGGCAUUGUAAGCUUGGCAGUGCUCCCUCUUCAAGCUCUGUCCAUUCCUCAAGAACAUAAGAAGCAAUUCUGAGAACCUCAAGCUUGGGAAAUCCACCAGCUUUGCAGAAUUCUUUUCCGAGCUGCUUUGUAUCAUAAGCAUGCCACAAGGUUAAUAUUUUUAAAUUAGGUAGGAUCUGAAGAACUAACAUUGGGAUCUCCGAUAAAUGAGAGAAACCUAGUCUUAGCUUUGUAAGCUUUUCCAUUGAACCAAGCCAGCUAGGUAUCUUUUCUAGGGCACCCUCUAAACGAAGUUUCCUAAGAAGAGGUGGAGGUGAGAACAACUCCAAGAGCACAAGUUGUUGCUUGUUGAAAGCAUGGUGUGCUUCUAGAGACAAGCAAAGAAGACCUUGCAUCUUUAUAAUGGCGGCAUAUACCUGAGCGGCAUUCUCUUCAGCAACAUCUGCUACCCCCAGUCUUGUUAGUUGUGUCAGCCUGUCUAGUUCUCCUGCAAUGCCACCUCCAGCACACAGACCAGUUAGUGUCAAUAGGUUUCUUAAUCUACCUAUUCCCUCUGGUAGUUUCAUCCCACUACCAUUUAUGCAAGACAUUUUGAGAUGCCUUAGUCCUGCAAGAUUUAGGAUAUCAGGUGACACUGCUGAUAAUUUCCAGCACCAUCUGAUAUCCAAAGUCUGCAGUGCUCGUAGUUUUCCAAGUCUUGCAGGAAGUUCAUUUGCCUGGCAGUGUUUUAAGCCCAGAUAAGUCAGGUGAACCAAAUCCCCCACUUCAUCUGGUAAGCUCUUAAUUUUGGUAUCUUCUAGAUCAAGCACCCGCAAAAACUUUGCCCAUGUCAAAUCCAGCCAAUGUCCAUCAAAAUGUCCUUGAUUCCCAAACAAAAACAAAGAUCGAGGUCGGAGAUUGUUCAAACUGUGCCCAAUUUUUGUCAUAUCUGAAGCUAAAACGCGGCAUGCUAUAUGGGGGAUAGUCGAAUUUGAAUUGGCAUGACCAGUUUUAAAGUUUUCAUGAAGGAGCUUGCGGUAAGGAGAAGAAACUGUAAAUGCCUUCGGCUACCAACAACCGAAUCAAUUUCCCCUUGUUUAUCCAGUAAUUCUCCGGGAAUAUACAACAAUACAUUAAACAAGAUUGAAGGUAAUAAGCUCAAUCCUGAAGCAUUCUGUGGAUGCCAACCUAUCAGAUCCAAUUUGCCUAUCUAUCUGAAUGAUGAACUCAUCAACUUGGUCAUCCAUGUCGGAGACUAUUUUUUUAAGUUUGUCGAUCCAAGUACUAAAGGCAACAUGACUUAUACUGCCUCUGUCUCCAAAAAACUCAGCAAUCUCCCUGAGGAAAUUCUAGAGAAGAACUGGUUUUCUCAAAGGUCGUCAAUAUCGCUUAUUCUUUUGGCCGUGCAAGUGUUAAAUUUGUUUUAAGUUUAUGCCAAUUGAAAAAGACCUCAUCUAAAAAUGACAAACUCGUGCCUGUUGUGAUUGAAACUUCAAAGCAUAUAUAGAUAAGUACCUUACAGUUGACUUA